UUAUGAUCAAAGUCAAAACGUUUCCAAUCCCAACAUGUUCUCUAAUAAUUUAUUUAUACAUCAUUGUGGUUAACUGUCAGAAGCCGAGCGGGGAACUAACAGUGACACCAGAAAAAUAUGUAGACGAUAAAAAACCGUAUAUGGAAUUCACUUGCGAGGCAUACUUGGAUAAAGGAGAUAAAUUAUCUUGGAGCAUGACGAAAAAUAAAAAACAAGAAACAGUAGCACUAUAUGAGGAAAGCUACGGAAACGGGACUAAAGGAUUGGAUUUACAAUGGCCACUCACACCAGACGACAAUAAAGCAGAAAUAUUUUGCUUUAAGGAGAAAACAGUGAAUGGAAAACCGUCUACAACGAAAAGCAAGAAGAUUUCUAUUAGAUUUGAGACAGCUGAUGGACCCCAGUGUAAGUAA